GUGAAGGGUGAACUUCGAAGAGUGAAGAGUGAGCCCAGGCGAUUGCGCGCGUCCUACUUCUUUCAAAUGGUGCGGCUACAAGACGCAUGAGGUUGCGACCUAUGCUGCCUCUCCGCCUCUUCUUUGCGUGACGUUUAUCAGGACACCACCGCAACAAAACAUCGUGCUGUUUAUCCGUAAGGCCACACAAUUCGUGUUACCCUCCUUCCUUCAGUUGUGCCAUUGGCGUACUUAUGCAAAAAUUUUAGGUGCUUUCGAGGGUGCAGCAUUGAGAACGAAAUGUAUCCCAUUGGAGAUACUGCUACAUAACACACAUUGUACCACCUUUUGUCUGGGCAAUUUGUUAGUGACAUUUGAUGAUGUCAGAACCCGAAGCAGUGGACAAGAUGGCCAAUAGGGACAUGCCGCGAUCUGAAAACAUGCGGUGGGAUGACCCAAUGCUGGUGCGAGCCUUCGACUCAGCACUGCAGAAGUACCAGGAAAUGCACGGUCAUCCUGUCGAGCCGCUGCCCAAAGAUCCGUACUCGAGUCCUUUCAAGCAAGAGGACACGGAAGGCAGCCUGGACCACUUGCGAGAGAACGACCUGCAGAAACGGCGGGGAGAAAGUGCCGCUUCUGUGGAAGAAGUAGAGGAAGAAGCGGAGUCCGACGUCAACGAAAGCGAGCUAGAGAGUUUGAUUUUAGCAGCUCAUAUAGACGAAGGAAACGCUGAGGAAGUCGAAAGCGGGGAAACUUUUGAGGCCAGUGUCGGAGAUCCUGAACCUCAAUUAAGCGGGGCUGAUUCUAGAAAGCAUGAUGAGGGGUCAGAGAUUGAGGCGAAGAAUCUAGAGGGGCCCGAAAUCAAAGGGGUCCCAGCACAGCAGGAGUCAGAGUACACGGUUGAGCAGUACUAUGAGUGGCUGCAAUGGCAGGCGUCGCAGCAAGGGGCUACCGACGCAGCCGAAACCCACCCCCCUCCCACCACCAUCAUUCACCACCACCACUACUACUACCCUGUCGCAGGCCCCCCUGACGCCUCCCCUGAGUCUGUUCCAACGGCUACUGCUGAACAGGGGGGUGCAGUAAAGACCUCGCCCUCUGCUCCUGCGCCAGCAGUUGCGAACGAUAAGUUCAAAACCUCUGUCUCGGCGGCCUCCCCUCAAGAUUAUCCCGCUUGGCCGACUUUCCAGUUGCCGCAGAACCCCCCCUUAGAGCAGCACUCUGUCCCAGCCGGCCCCGCCCCAUGUGCAAGUAGCACCCAUGUAGGUAUUCUGAACGUUGCCCAAGAGCAGUCUUCUGCCGCUGUUCGCCGCACAAACUUUGAGCCAACCCUUAGUCCAGAUGGGGGGGAUUCCGGCGAGAAGUUGAUGACAGUCACGGCUAUGCCAGAAUACGAGAGCAAAAGCCUAGAAGAGCUGCGCCUUCAGGGUUACCCUCGCGGCACCAGGGGGGUCAAAUACCACCCGACCUCUAUAGAAGACUGGGGCUUCCCCCCCGAAAUGUACCAGUGCCUGACGGCCAUGGAGGCGUACCGCAACAAGAGCCUGGAGGAGCUCCGUUGGGAGGAUCACGCCUUUCUGGGGGACCUUCCGGGCAGCUGGGUGAGACGAGAUGGAGAUACAUCACCGCAAGCGGGGGUGCAGGGGUUUGUGUUUCCGUCUGCUGGGGAAGGAGAGCCGUCAGUGUGUGAGGGGAGAACGGUUGGGACGCAGGAAGAUGGGGCAGUGUGCGGGCGACUGGUUUCUGAAUACGAAGGGGAGGGGACGGCUAGUGGAACGGAAUGGAAGGCGAGAGCAGAGCAACCGGCAGGGGUUUCUAAUUGGCAAGAGGCUGCUACUGUAGGAGGUGAUGCGCCUCGGCCCAGCAGCGUCUUAGCAGGGGCAGUCGCCGGCGCACAGGCCGAUGGGGCCCUCCCGCAGAUCGACCCUGUCCUUCAGGACCUGCUCUCAGCCUACUACUGGAUGGGCUACCAGACCGCCAGGUACUUGCAUUCGAGGAACGAACGACCAGAGCACUAGCAAGAACACAGUUGUUUACUCCGCUUGGUUCUACUCGAAAACCUUCCUUGAAUGAUGCACAGAGCACGCACACAAGUUUGUUCCCCCCAUAGUGCACGCCAAUUGAGCAUAGCGUUCAGAGAUCAAGUCGGCAAUGAAUCGUCAGCGAAGACAUGCGUGUCACAUCAUAGGAAAGCUAAGUGAGCUGGCAUCUGGAAAUGGCAGUCAACAUCCAUUUUCGGCUCCCUUUGUGCAUUCCCACCUAAUUUCGUCGGUGAUUUGCAAGCUUUGAAGACUGUAUGGUAGACUCGAAGUCGAUCACAGGCAGCCAGUCCUCCUCCCUUGCAUGUCCAGUCGCAAUUGGACCAUAGACACAGCGAGGAUCUAAAUUCGAGUGCUGCGGACGAUGCAAACCAC